GCUGCUUGCAGAGCAGGCUCAGAGCCGGGGGCGGCGUUUCUGCUUUGCGAGCUCCCUUGCUCGCAGAGGGAGGCCCGAGUGAGUGUCGGCCCCGCAAUAAAUCCAUAAAGCAACCCGGCUUGGAGCCCAAGCAGGUGAUACUUUGGAGGGCGAAAGUAAGGGAAACCCCAGCAGAAGAUUGUUAGGAGCUGCCAGAUGUAAAAAGAGGAAACAACAGAGACUAACAACAGGAGCAAAAUAGAAGAACAGAAAUGGAUCUUCUGUUUCUUAGGAUCGAAUUUUUUAAAAAUGAAGAAAGAAAGAGAAAGAAGCUCUCCGCGUAGGAAAAGAUUCAGUUUUGAAGCAAGCUUUCAACUUCAGCGGGAAAUGCACGCAGAGGAGAAACCACAUAAAUGCUUGGAGUGUGGAAAGAGCUUCAGCCAGAAAGGACAUCUUGUUAUACACUAUAGAACCCACACUGGAGAGAAACCAUAUAAAUGCUUGGAGUGUGGAAAGAGCUUCAGUGAAAGUGGACAUCUUACUAUACACCAUAGGACCCACACUGGAGAGAAACCUCAUAAAUGCUUGGAGUGUGGAAAAGGCUUCAGCACAAAUGGACAUCUUACUAUACACCAUAGAAUCCAUACUGGAGAGAAACCACAUAAAUGCUUGGAGUGUGGAAAGAGCUUCAUUAAAAAUGAACAUCUUACUCUACAUCAAAGAAUUCACACUGGGGAAAAACCACAUAAAUGCUUGGAAUGUGGAAAGAGCUUCAGACAGAGAGGAAAUCUUACUAUACACCAUAGAACCCACACUGGGGAGAAACCACAUAAAUGCUUGGAGUGUGGAAAGAGCUUCAGCACAAGUGGAAGUCUUACUGUACACCAUAGAACCCACACUGGGGAGAAACCACAUAAAUGCUUUGAGUGUGGAAAGAGUUUCAGCCAGUGUGGAGCUCUUUCUCUACAUCAUAAAACCCACACUGGGGAGAAACCCUAUAAAUGCUUGGAGUGUGGAAUGAGGUUCAGUGAGAGGGGAGAUCUUAAUAAACACCAUAGGACGCACACAGGGGAGAAACCCUAUGAAUGCUUAGAAUGUGGAAAGAGAUUCAGUGAGAGGGGAGCUCUUAAUAAACACCAGAGAACCCAUACUGGAGAGAAACCACAUAAAUGUUUGGACUGUGGAAAAAGCUUCAGCCAGAGGGGAACUCUUAAGUUACACCUCAGGAUCCACACUGGGGAGAAGCCACAUAAAUGCUUAGAAUGUGGAAAGAGCUUCAGCACGAGGGGAUACCUUACUAAACACAAUAAAACACACAAUGGAGAAAAACCACAUAAGUGUGUUGAGUGUGGAAAGAGCUUCAGCAUGAGAGGAGAUCUUACUAAACACCAUAGAACUCACACUAGGGAGAAACCACAUAAGUGUUUUGAGUGUGGAAAGAGCUUCAGCAUGAGUGGACAUCUGAAGGACCACCAUAGAACCCACACUGGGGAGACACCAUAUAAAUGCUUGGAGUGUGGAAAGAGCUUCAGCACGAGUGGAAAGCUUACUGUACACCACAGAACCCACACUGGAGAGAAAGCUCAUAAAUGCUUGGUGUGUGGAAAGACUUUCAGCCAGAGUCAACAUCUUAAUACACACCUUAGAACUCACACUGGAGAGAAACCACAUAAAUGCUUGAAGUGUGGAAAGAGCUUCAGCCAGAGUGGAGAUCUCAAUAGACAUCACAGAACCCACACUGGAGAGAAACCACAUAAGUGCCUGGAGUGUGGAAAAAGCUUCAGCACGAGUGGAUAUCUAACUAUACACCAGAGAACCCACACUGGGGAGAAUCCAAAUAAAUGCUUGGAGUGUGGAAAGAUCUUCAGCACGAGUGGAAGCCUUACUGCACACCAUAGAACCCACACUGGGGAGAGGCCACAUAAAUGCCUGCAGUGUGGAAAGGGCUUCAGCCAGAGUGGACAUCUUAAUAGACACCUUAGAACCUGUUGGAGAUACAGCUCCAGUAGCCUUGACUCUGUGCAGCGUCCAUCUUAUGCCUCACUGGGUGCAUUAGGAGAAGAAAAAGGAAGCAAGGGACUCCUUUCCUUGUAGCUUUCGGCUACCAUGAUUGCUAGACUGAUAUUCUUACAUAGGGAGCAACAAUUGUCCCCUUUACUAAGCAGGGUCCUCCCUAGUUUGCAUUUGAAUGGGAGACUAUGGGGCUAUUCACACGAUUGUGGAAAAUCAGGCUAACCUCCGCUAAUCCGAUUUUCUACAAUCGUGAGAACCACCGGGCUUGUCUGUGAGCCCUGUGGUUCUUUAGUGGGUAACCCGCUGAAGAAGCCCGCCCCUUAAACUGGUUUUGCAGAGUGAGCGCUCCACAAACCUGUUUUUGUUUUUUUAAAAUUGUGAGUAGCCGCGGUGCGUCUUUUUGCCGUGGUUACUCACGAGUAACUGAUUUAGAGAAGAUCAAACAGAGAUGGAAGGAGUGUACUGCAAAUCUGUACAGUAGGGAUGUCAACAUCUAGAAGAUAUUCCCUACUUCCAAGAACCUCUAGAACAAGCAGAUGAAGUUAGAUCAGCACUCUGGUCAUUACCAUGUCGGAAGGCUACAGUCAAGGCUCUAACCAAACUAUGCCAGCAAAUUUGGAGAACGCCACAGUGGCCAGUAGAUUGGAAGAGGUCAGUCUACGUACCCAUACCCAAGAAAGGAGACUUAGCAGAUUGUGCAAACCAUCACACAAUAUCCUUAAUUCCACCUGCUAGCAAAAUAAUGCUCAGGAUCAUCCAAUGCAGAUUAGAACCCUAUGUGGAAAGGGAAGUGUUGGAUGUUCAAGCUGGUUUCAGAAAAGGCUGAGGAACAAGAGACAUCAUUGCUGAUGCCCGCUGGAUAAUUGAGAAAGCCAAAGAAUACCAGAAAGAAGUUAGUAUGUGCUUGAUUGACUGCAGAAAAGCCUUCGAUUACGUCGACCAUGUCAAGUUGUGGAAUAUCCUUAGGAAAAUGGGCAUCCCAGAACAUCUCAUUGUUCUCAUGAGAAACCUAUACACAGGAUAGGAAGCCACAGUCCAGACGGAACAUGGUGAAACAGACUGGUUCUAGAUCGGCAAAGGAGUAAGACAAGGCCGUCUACUUUCUCCUUCUUUAUUCAACUUAUAUGCGGAACAUAUACUGAGAGAAGCUGGAUUGGAAGAAGAUGAGCAUGGUUUUAAAGCUGGAGGAAGAAACAUCAAUAACCUGUGCUACGCUGACGACAACACUGUGAUAGUGGAGAAUGCAGAUGAUCUGCAAGCUCUAGUAAUGAAAGUCAUGGAGCACAGUGAAAAAAUGUGACUACAACUAAAUGUCAAAAAGACUAAACUAAUGACAAUGGGUACAGCAACCAGCCUCAGAAUUGACAAUGAAGACAUUGAAGUGGUGGAUAGCUUCUGCCUUUUAGGAUCAACCGUCAAGGAUCCCAUAGUCAAGAAAUAUGCCGCAGACUAGCACUUGGUAGGGUUGCAGUGAAGGGCUUUGAAAGCAUAUUUAGAUGCCGUGACGUGUCUACACCUACAAAGAUUAGAAUAGUUUGGACUAUGGUUUUCCCUGUGACGCACUCUAGAUGUGAAGGCUGGAUUGUGAAGAAGCAAGAUAGAAAAAGCAUUGACGCUUUUGAACUUGGGUGCUGGAGAAGACCUUUGAGGAUACCAUGAACAGCCAGGAAAACAAACCAAUGGAUCCUAGAACAAAUCAAUCCAGAAUUCUCACUCGAGGCACAAAUGACCAGGCUCAAACUAAUUCCUGGAGUCUGGCCAGCUCCAGAGUUAAUUAGAGUAAGUAUGAAUAUGUGAGUGAAUGAGAUACAUCCUGUUAUGGUAAUGUGGAUUUUUGUCUUCAUGGCUGCCACUAUGACUUUUGCCAUCAUUAUUAGUCACUGGCACUGCUGCCAGUGCUGAAUAUAUUUACCUUGGGGAACCCUUGUGUAGUGACCAGCUUUCCCUCCCUCUAAAGAGUUAACUGGAAGUGAGCCCUGUCUUGACGUUACAAGCUGGUGAACUCCAGGGCUCAGCCAAUCAGCAUACCAGGUGGGUGAGACCUAGAGAGCUGUGGCCAGGAAGAAGGGAAUUUUUUGUGACAAGAAGCUUGGUUGCACAGGAGGACAUGUGGUCAUGGAGGAUGGCUGCAGGAGAAUGACUCUCCAGAUCCUUGAAAGACAGGAGGACCGUAAGCUUGAAUUCUCAUCCAGAGUUUGGUGAGUUCAAAGCAAUGAGCCAGGGACUGGGCUUUGCGAAGAUUAAUUUAAGGAAAGGUUUUAGUCAGACUUUGCAUUAGAAUUUCUGCUUCUUUGGUGUGUUCUUUGUAUAUCCCCGAUACUGUUCUAGUAGUGUUUACCUGCAAUGUAAUUUAAAAUAAGAAACACUAUGCUAUGCCCAACCCUUCCUAGGGUGUUGUAAGAAACUCUAUAAAAAUUUAAGCGUGCCUAAGACAACCUGUUUUUGUAACCUAAGUAUUGAUGAGUGUAUCUAAGAAAGCUAGAAGCCUCCGAUGGAAGCAGUCUGUAGUAAUUGAAUAAAACUGGUUUUUUUUUA